AUGCUUCAGAAUGCAUUCUCGGUUGAUCACAGUCAGCAGGCUAUAAGCCCUUCCACGUCACUGAAAUCCGAGCUGGAGGGGAGAGACGAAAGGAGAGAGAACAGAGCGGGCGCUCCGUGUAUCGCCCGGCUACAGCUCCAGAUACGAGAAACAACCGCCCGCUUGCAGCCCGAUGCUGGCGCUAGCGCCGGCGCUGCUGAUCCGGUGCGUCUCCCUCGCCUCCCGCGCGCCAAUUCCUUUCUCCCUCGUCCCAAAUCGCUCCUUGCGCGCCUAAUCGAAGAAGGCCCUAAAUCCCCUUCAGAACCAUACGACCGAUGCUCCAAAUCUCCCCCAGAUCCCACCUCCCGAACCAUUGAUUUGCCGCCGCUGGAUCCUCUGGAGGUCCCUCCGCCGGCGCCUUAUCUCGUCCGGCCGGCAGGGCCUCAGCUCGUCCUGCCCGCCGAUGCCCCAGUUCAUCCCGUCGUCGACCUUCCCUUCCACACAGGGUCUUGGAUCUUCACUAGUACUAGCGUAGUCCAUGGCCGCCUCCUCUUCUACACCAUGUUAGCCCGCCAGGCUGCAGCAACCAAGUGCAGCAGGUGCUCGGGCUCAAGGCCCUUGGUGGAUCUGCGUCUCCUUGGUUCAGGCAUGGAAAUUUGGCUGACUCGAUGUGGAAGUAUGUCUUGAAGUAUAUUGAUGCAAAUGGACGGUCGCUCCUUUCUACAAAGUUUCAACUAUGCUUUGUGACUUUUUGUGUGUGCUCUAGAUCAAAACUAAUGGCUUGUUCGCCUAAGAUCAUAUUUGGAACUAUGUUUGGUUGAUGACUUCUGAUAGACUCAUGUAAUGUUUAAGUGUCGAUGUGAUGGUGCUAUGUUCCACCAGUUUGUUGCUUAUCGUUUGUCUAGAUCGAAAUUAACGGCUCGUUUGCCGAAGAUCUUAUUUGUUAUGUAAUGUUUAAAUGUGGUCUGAAUAUUAAUCAGUUUGUCUCGUCACAUCCUGUUGGCAUGAAUGACAUAUA